CAGGGCGGGGCGAGAGGCGGCGACACUCCGCCGUGCGUCGCGCACCACACUGCACGUCCGACCGCGCGCGGGCCAUGGUCGCGAGAACCGAUGAGAGCAUGUUUGGCUGCUAUGGUGACAGCUACUCGUACCGCCUGUGGAGCCUGGCCAACGUGUGGGGCGCCUGCCGAUGUGAGUAGUGCCUCGACGGCGGCCCGUCCCCGAACUUUCACCGCUGACGUCAGCGGAGGCUGUGAUUCUCGGUUUAGUACGACGUAAUUGCGAUUGAUAGUCCGCGAGUUGUGCGACGCGAUAUCGGAAUCUGAUAGUAGCCGGUGGUCUCGUUCAGUGAGGUGUGAGAACGGUGUCGCUCGAUGAAAGUGCAGAGCGCGCUUAUGGGAGUUGGCGGUUGGUACGAACGUUCGGCAGCCGCUUGGCUUGCGGACAUGAGGAGUAAGCAAGUCCCGACGUCCACCACCUCGGCCAGGCGGCUUGCGGCCUUAAUUCGUCCGCUGGCGAGCGGAGGGUCGGAAGGCAAGCCGUCCGAAGAAGAAGAGGACCGCGGGGGCUCCCCGCUGGGCCCCGGAGGACCGUUUACCUGCAGCCAGUGUCGAGGCACCUAUCCCACGCGCGAGCAACUGGACCGACACGAGACCUUGCACACGCCCAGCACACAGGUGGAUACAGUCCAAUAUACAUGCAAGAUCUGUCAUAAGAGCUUCGCGAAUGUGUACCGACUGCAGCGGCACAUGAUCAGCCACAACGAGAGCGCCGACCUGAGGAAGUACAAGUGCAACGAUUGCGACAAAGCCUUCAAGUUCAAACACCACCUCAAAGAGCAUCACAGGAUACAUAGCGGAGAGAAACCAUUCGAAUGCGCUAAUUGUGGGAAGAAAUUUUCACAUUCUGGUUCAUAUUCGAGUCAUAUGACCUCCAAGAAGUGCCUAGUCAUGAACCUUAAAAUGGGCCGAAUAAAACCGAACAACCCUGCCCUCAACCCCAACAGAAGUCCGUCUAGGAAGCGAGCGAACGCAAUAGCAACAUCUCAAUUGAACAACAACAUACCCUCAAACGGAAACACUUUCCUUCCUAUCCUUCCAAAAUACAACGAAGCUGCUGCCUUUUUCGCUUCCAUGUCGUCACAAGAUAGUAAUUUCCACCGCCCGCCUUUAGGGCAGCCAGCUCUUAAUCCAUUCUAUCUGCCCCCGGGGCUACCAAUGAGUCCUGCGAGUGGUAUCACUCCAUAUAGCUUAAGCCAAUUCUUUGAACAAUUAGCUUCAUCUCAGUGUCCGCCAAGGAAAAUAGAGAAACUACCCAGCCCGAAACACUAUAAUCCCGAGGCUCCCGAAGAUCUAAUCGAAGAAGUCACCGAGGAAGAAGACAAGAGAUCAGAAGGGAGCGCUGAACUGGUCAUGGAUAUUGAGGAUGAUGAGGCAGUUACGGUUAAAAAGGAGAAACAAGAUCAAGACUGUGAAUCAAGGCCUCCAUCUCAAUAUAAUUCCGUCCCAAUAAUGAACAGCAAUGUUCAAGAUGAAGACAAUAAUCAAUCCAGAUUCAACACCAUAUUAGAAUCAGUUAGUGCAUCUGUAACCAAACAUUUCAUCAGUACUAAUGCAGACAAGCUGUCCCCGGUCGCCGGCUCCGUGUGUCCUAGCUUGGAAUCGCCUCCGACGCCGCAUGUCAUCAUAAAGGAAGAACCGGAGGACUUAAACCGAUGCUUUAAAUGUAACAUCACUUUCGAAAGUAGGGACGAGUUGUUAGACCACGAAAAGAUACACUGCGAUAAUAUAUUUAGAAAGCAUGAGAGCUUAGCGGCGCAAGUCGCGGAAACGGUGGCGCUCACCAGGAUAGAAGCUGAGAUGAGGAACAACUUGCAGAGCGGCGCGAGUGCGAGCGAAGACGAAGACUCCAAGAACGAUGAUAAACUUUCUAUUCACGACAACGACAAGAAAAUCAGAGUCCGCACCGCACUAACUGAUGUCCAGCAAGUCAAACUGAGGGCAUUUUACUGCUUCGACCAGAGACCGAACCGGGAGGAAUCCAAGCGCAUAGCUCAGCAAGUCGGAUUGGACAGUCGAGUGGUGCAAGUGUGGUUCCAAAACUUUAGGGCCAGGCAGCGAAGAAUGACGAAAACACAGCUCUCGCCCGACCAACCGCUAGACUUGUCCACGAAGAAAUCGAACCAAUCGGUGACCUCCACGCCGUCGCCGUCGCCUUGCAGCAUUUCAGUUACACAUUCCGACUCCGAGGAAGCUGUGAACUUAAGUCAAAAGUCGUCACGUAGCACAACGCCUCAUCGCACCAAUUACACCAACACUUACUCACAUUCCAACUGCUCAUCAUCUUCUUUCACUGACUUUAGACUGUCGCCAUCGCCCGGUGAGAUCAACGGUCAGAAACGUUUGCUGCCCCAGAAACUCAAUCCCUUAGUACCCAUGGAGAAGUUGCUGCAGUACAACGACAUGGCCAAUGGGAGAUCUCCUAUCCUGAACAUGCAUAUGUCGAGUGACGUGACCAGGCACGGCAGCCCGUCCUACGACCGUCCCUGGGCUGAUGACGUCCAACCUUCGAUCGAAUACGACGAUGAACCGACUGUACUUAAGAAGGGCAAGCUCAAGCACGUCGACGUCAAGGAAGGAGAAGGACAAUUUGUGUGUGACCAGUGCGACAAGACCUUUGUGAAACAGAGCUCUCUAGCCAGACACAAGUACGAACAUUCAGGGCAGCGACCUCACAAGUGUCAGGAGUGCCCGAAAGCGUUCAAACACAAACACCACCUCACGGAACAUAAGAGACUCCAUACCGGGGAAAAGCCCUUCCAGUGCUGUAAAUGCUUCAAGAAAUUCUCCCAUUCGGGUUCGUACAGCCAACACAUGAAUCACCGGUUCGCCAUUUGCAAGCCUUACAGAGAGUAGAUAUAAUUAGGGAUAGAGUGUGAAAUACUUGGAUUUAUCUAUUAUUUCGCUUAUAGUACAUACUUGGAUUAUUACGUCGAUAUCGAUGCCAAAUAGAUUAUGUGCCAAAAUGUUUAUUUUAGAUGUAAAAUAAGGUUACCAAUUAGGAUCGCCGCUCCGGACAUAACGCUUGGCGUUAAUGUUAAGUAUGUGUAAGAAGACACGAGAUAGUAUAUUUAUUACGGUAACAAUGUUAUGAACAACGAAAUAUUACCUGAUACUCAUUGGGUACUAUAGUAUUCACGAGGUAUUUUUAUGGUUGUUGCUCAACUUUUUGAUUUUGUACAAUUUUUAUGUUUCAUAUUAGUGUCGGCUGUAAGGAGAGUGUGCCAUUGAGUACCAAAUCAAAUGCCAAAUUAGUUCUAAAGUCUGUAAAUUGUAAUGUGCUAUUUUUAUUCAUUUGAGUGCCAAUUACCCGAAACGCGUGCCAUUCAAUGCCGUUACAAAUUCGCGAUAAUUCUAAGUAUAGUUUCUAUUGUAAUCGCAAAGGCCCGUACCUGUAGUAUAAUACUCAAAAUAAUAUUAGUUUUAAAACAAAGAAUAGAUUUUUUUAAUAUACGUAAAUAUAAUUCCAUAACGUAUUAAUAAUAGUCAUCUUAUUGAUUUUAUUGUACAUUUUUUUCAAUUUCAAAGUGAGCUGUUACACUAAUUAAAACUAUUUUACCUUUUGAUCUAGAUUGAAUUUCAAAUUUUUAAAACUAGUUAUAUAUUAUAAUUAAGUAUUUCUGUUUAAAUACAUAAAUACAGAGAAUAGCAACUUCAACAGUGAGUGAUGUUUCAAUACAAAUAGCUUUUCUUUGGAUCUACACAACUAUUAACACACUAGCGACUCAUAUCGAGGGAUGUUCCCUGUUCUAAUAAAUAAAAACGCACUGGUAAUAAAACACUAAAUAAUACACCUUAAGAACAUAUACUAUAGAUACUGCAGAUAAUUUCUGAUAUUGAAACUAGCUAAUGUUUGCCCGGUCAUAGUGCUUCACCUCACAUGUACACAAAACGGUGUCGAUUCCUGAUCGUCUUUGUUGUUCGGCGUCCUCCCGAGCGUACUGAAUACCUCUAUACAAAGAAAAGUUUUAGCCGUUUCAUUAGAAAAGUCCGCUUAACGCCCUACAGAGUAUUUCUGCUAAAAAAUUGACGCACCACGGAGUCUUUAAAUGUCGGCACGUACAGUUAGAACAGGAUCUGAUUUCCCAUUGCGAAGUUUGCGGCAAGAGCCCUGCGACCCUGAUCGUGAACUGCAGCUGGUCUCUUAACUUACAAACCAUUGAGCAUAACAGAUUACAUUACAGAACAUCUUGUAGCCUCACUGUUAGAAUCUCAUGUUCUAUUCUUUGAUUCCACCAGUUUAUAGAGAAAUAUAAACUAAUAUACUAAUCUUGCAUCGUAAUAAUUAUUUAGAUAGAUACAAUUUUAUUUAAGUUUUACGCAUUCCAUAAUUCGUCUAUGGGAUCUCUGAUGUGUUUAAGAAACUAUUUUAUACAGUCAACGUUGAAAUUUAUUCUAUAAGAUGUAAAUAUUGUUGUAAAUAACGAAUUUAUGUGUAAAUAUGAUCGCUUUAAUUAAUAACGGCAGUCCGAUACUGCAUUAUACACAAUACGGUGACAAUAACGCACGCUGCUUCUAAGCUAUUUUGAUGUAAAAAUAUUUUCUAUUCAUAAAGAUAUGUACUAUAUUCCAUGUACUAUAUCACGUUAUAUGCUGUUGACCUAGUGUAUCCUUCUUGCCGAAAACUUGUAGUAUCUAGUAAAAUAUAGUUCUCUUGUACUAAAAUAUCAUAUAAAAUCCAAUUUAUAUUCUAUUACAAAUCCCGGAUACAUAAUUCUGACUUCAUUUCCUUUCGUUUCCGCAUUAUAAAACACCAAAGUUCCUAACCGAAAAAUACAUUUUAAGUGUAUAAAAUAUAAUUUAUAUAUUUUUAAUAGAGUAAUUACGUAAGUAGAAUAAUUUUUCAGAGGUUUCCAAUCAACGAAUUACAUGUAAUAACAGUAUGAACUAUGUAUAAAUAUAUAUUAGCAAUAAUUAAUGUUGCAGUAUUUGAACCCUUUCUUACGGUUAGUGGUGUGAGCGCACAUCAGGCAUCGGUCCAUCAGGUAUUCCUUAUCAUCAGUUUCAUUUUAAUUGUUAAUUACUCCACUCGUCUAUACUUGAAUAACAGAUUACUUUGUAGUUUCAUAUAGGUACAUUUUAGCCUCUUCUACAGAAGAUCUUGUACCUAGUCUAUUAUUUUCCUUUGUUAUCAAUAAACCAAAGAAUGUACAAUAUGUAACAAUAUUAGCUAAAGAUGAAGAUUGUCACAAACUAAAGCGCAGCACUUGACAUAAAAUUAUGUGAUAAAUACUCGUAUUUGAGUAUGUGGAAGUCUUAAACUUUUAAACCCAAGUAUGCACUUUUUUAUACAAUUACGAAAAUAAUGUGAUCUUUCCUUUUAAUCGUUCCGGUGCUUUAACCGGGCUACUCAUAGGACCCGAGUCAAAUUAACCUUGAUAAUGUUAAAUAAAUGUGUAAUACUGCUCUGAAUUGUUUAAACGUCAUAGUUUUGCUUGUUUUUGUCUCGUCACGUGUUGUGCUCCACCGUCAGUAUUCAGCAUAUUAAAUUAAUAACCAUGUAGAAAAAAAACCCCAUCGCUUUAAUAAUACAUUGAUUUAAUAAGAAAGGUAAAACAGUAGUUCUAGGUAAGAUGUGUACGUUAUCCUAUUUGAGCAUUCAAAUAUUUUAUAUUAUUUUUAAUAAGUUUUUAAUAAAUUGAUAAGUGUCAAAAUUGACAGGUGGGCUAGACAAACCAAAGAUAACUUACGUAAUAUACGACGUGAAGAUCUGUAAAUAAUAACCACGUCUAGGAAAUAAGUAAAUGUUAAGUCGCCGUGCCAAAAAAAGAUAAGCUUCAUUUCCUUUCUGAAGGCAUUAAGUACUGUAGCUUAUUUUUAUUGUGCAAUAAUAAUGUUGCAAAAAAGUAUUUUCUUCUAGUAUGUAAAGUUUGAAGUUGUAAGCGAAUGUGAAUUCCUCAUGCCAUAUAAUAUUAAUGUGUUUGUUGUAUUUGCGAGCGAGUGUCACGUAAAGGUUGCUAAUUUGUUAAAUGUAAGUGUCUACUUUAGAUUGUUAAACAUACACAUAGGUUGAAAGAAAAUGUGUUAAAAAAUUGAAUAUUGCCUAUUUAAAAUUAUAGUAAUUCAUUUUACUUUAUAUUAUAAUGUAUAUUAAAUAUAUGAAUAUUAAAAAUAUAUAUAUUGACAAUUCAAUGCGGAUUA